UCUUGCAAACCCAUACAUACACAUUUAUAUUACAAUGGAAGAACAAACUAAUAAUGCUAUUGGCUCCAUUUCUUUCUCCAUGCACGUUACCACUUGUGGUAGAUGGAAACAUCACUUAAUUCAAUUGGCCUACUCAUUACUCCAAGCAUUAAUCUCCUUGUCUCUUGCAUUAUUUUGAUUUUGGCUUCUUCUUUCUAACAGAUGGAAUUGACAUGGAUAUGAGUUCUCAACCAAGCCAUGCCCCAUCCAUUUAUUUGACUUCAUUAUUUUUGUCUUGCAUGAGACAUUGUGGGUUGCAUCAUUAAUCAUGUUUCUUUACCAUAGGUAAUUGCAAAUUACCUUUCAACAGA